UUAACAAUUUUCUUCCUCCGUUUCAAAGGAGUCACCGACUCGAUACAGAAAUCCGAAUCCGCCGGAGACGCAGCGAAUACCUUACAACGGAUAAUUUUCACGACGCCGGUUGUCUUCCCUCCGUCGUACAUACAAUUUAGGUCAUCUGCGAAGUCACGAAUUGAAAAUACAAGAGACAAUAUCUAAAAUCGAUUCGAUUAAGAGGAGCGAAACAGAAGAAGAUCAAUAUGGGAAACGGUGAAAGAGGACGAGCGACGAAGAAGAUGAAGUACGGUGGGAAGGAUGAUCAAAAGAUGAAGAACAUCCAAAACGUUGAAGAUUACUAUGACGAAGCUGAUGAGGAUUCUCGUGAUGGUGAAGGAGAGGAGAAGAAGAGAGAUUUUACUGAAUUAGAGUUGAAGCCAGAUCAUGGAAAUAGGCCUUUGUGGGCUUGUGCUGAUGGAAGGAUUUUCUUGGAGACGUUUUCUCCUCUCUAUAAACAAGCUUAUGAUUUUCUUAUCGCCAUUGCUGAACCCGUUUGCAGGCCUGAGUCAAUGCACGAGUAUAGUUUAACCCCACACUCGUUGUAUGCUGCUGUUUCCGUUGGUCUUGAGACAGAAACUAUCAUCUCUGUUUUGAAUAAGCUGUCUAAGACUAAGCUACCCAAUGAGAUCAUUGAUUUCAUCCAUGCUUCUACUGCUAAUUAUGGGAAAGUGAAGCUCGUUUUGAAGAAGAAUCGGUAUUUUAUUGAAUCCCCAUUCACGGAGGUGUUGAAAAGGCUUCUCAGUGAUGAUACUAUAAAUCGAGCUAGACUUUCUUCUGAGCCAUAUUAUGGUGGUGAUGGAUUUACGAUCGGCAAAACAAGUGGUGAACUUGAAGCAGGACCUGGGGAGCUGUUGAAUGAAGCAGAAUUGGCAGCAGCAGCGGAAGAAAAAGAAACUCACUCAUUUGAGGUAGACCCUGCACAGGUGGAAAAUGUGAAGCAGCGUUGCUUACCAAAUGCCUUGAAUUACCCUAUGUUAGAGGAAUAUGACUUCAGGAACGACAAUGUUAAUCCUGAUCUUGACAUGGAGCUGAAGCCCCAUGCACAACCAAGGCCAUACCAGGAAAAAAGUUUGAGCAAAAUGUUUGGAAACGGACGAGCAAGAUCUGGAAUUAUAGUGUUGCCUUGUGGUGCUGGUAAAUCUCUAGUUGGUGUUUCUGCAGCGGCUCGUAUAAAGAAGAGUUGUCUUUGUUUGGCAACGAAUGCUGUCUCGGUGGAUCAAUGGGCCUACCAAUUUAAGUUGUGGUCUACUAUAAGAGAUGACCAAAUAUGCCGUUUCACUUCUGAUAGUAAAGAACGAUUCCGUGGAAAUGCUGGUGUUGUUGUGACAACCUAUAAUAUGAUUGCCUUUGGUGGUAAACGAUCUGAAGAAGCAGAGAAGAUUAUAGAAGAAAUGAGAAACAGAGAGUGGGGGUUGCUGCUUAUGGACGAGGUGCAUGUGGUUCCAGCUCAUAUGUUUAGGAAAGUUAUCAGUAUCACAAAAUCUCAUUGCAAGCUAGGACUUACAGCCACCCUUGUGAGAGAAGACGAAAAGAUUACAGAUUUGAACUUCCUCAUUGGCCCGAAACUAUAUGAAGCCAACUGGCUAGAUUUAGUUAAAGGAGGCUUUAUUGCAAAUGUUCAGUGUGCUGAAGUAUGGUGUCCUAUGACCAAAGAGUUUUUUGCAGAAUAUCUGAAGAAAGAGAACUCCAAGAAAAAACAGGCGCUUUAUGUCAUGAACCCUAACAAGUUCAGAGCCUGUGAAUUUUUGAUACGUUUCCAUGAACAACAACGCGGGGAUAAAAUCAUCGUCUUUGCAGACAAUCUUUUUGCACUUACAGAGUAUGCAAUGAAACUCCGGAAACCGAUGAUUUAUGGUGCAACCAGCCAUAUCGAACGAACCAAAAUUCUCGAGGCAUUUAAAACCAGUAAAGACGUGAACACUGUCUUCCUGUCAAAGGUUGGUGAUAACUCUAUAGAUAUCCCUGAAGCGAAUGUGAUUAUCCAGAUUUCGUCACAUGCUGGUUCUAGACGUCAAGAGGCUCAACGUUUGGGUCGUAUCCUUAGGGCUAAGGGUAAACUUGAAGAUAGAAUGGCCGGUGGGAAAGAAGAGUACAAUGCAUUCUUCUACUCACUUGUUUCUACCGAUACACAGGAAAUGUAUUAUUCAACGAAAAGACAGCAGUUUUUGAUCGACCAAGGUUAUAGCUUCAAGGUAAUAACAAGCCUCCCACCUCCGGACGCGGGUUCAAGCUUGGGCUACCACAGUCAAGAAGAACAGUUGUCUCUUCUCGGAAAGGUGUUGAAUGCUGGAGACGAUUUGGUUGGUUUAGAGCAACUCGAAGAAGACACAGACGGAAUGGCUCUACAAAAGGCGCGACGAAGCAUGGGAUCGAUGAGUGCAAUGUCCGGUGCAAAGGGAAGGGUCUACAUGGAAUACAACUCAGGCCGUCACAAAUCCGGUCAACAGCAAAUGAAGAAACCUAAACGAAGACACCCUAUCUUAAAAGACCGUGAAAGAGGAAGACCCAGCAAGAAGAUCAAGUAUGGUGACAAGGAUGAUCAAAAGAUGAAGAACAUCCAAAACGCUGAAGAUUACUAUGACGAAGAUGAUGAAGAUUCUCGUGAUGGUGAAGGAGAGGAGAAGAAGAGAGAUUUUACUAAACUGGAGUUGAAGCCAGAUCAUGUAAACAGGCCUUUGUGGGCUUGUGCUGAUGGAAGGAUUUUCUUGGAGACUUUUUCUCCUCUCUAUAAACAAGCUUAUGAUUUUCUUAUCGCCAUUGCUGAACCCGUUUGCAGGCCUGAGUCAAUGCACGAGUAUAAUUUAACCCCACACUCGUUGUAUGCUGCUGUUUCCGUUGGUCUUGAGACAGAAACUAUCAUUUCUGUAUUGAAAAGGCUUCUCAGUGACGAUGUUAUUAACCGAGCUAGAUUUUCUUCUGAGCCAUAUUAUGGCGGUGAUGGAUUCACUAUUGGCAAAACAAGCGGUGAACUUGAAGCAGGACCCGGGGAGCUGUUGAAUGAAGCAGAAUUGGCAGCAGCAGCAGAAGAGAAAGAAACUCACUCAUUUGAGAUAGACCCUGCUCAGGUGGAGAAUGUGAAGCAGCGUUGCUUACCAAAUGCCUUGAUUACCCUAUCGGCUCGUAUAAAGAAGAGUUGUCUUUGUUUGGCGACAAAUGCUGUCUCGGUGGAUCAGUGGGCCUUCCAGUUCAAGUUGUGGUCUACUAUAAGAGAUGACCAAAUAUGUCGUUUCACUUCUGAUAGCAAAGAACGAUUCCGUGGAAAUGCUGGUGUUGUUGUGACGACCUAUAAUAUGGUUGCCUUUAGUGGUAAACGAUCUGAGGAAUCAGAGAAGAUUAUAGAAGAAAUGAGAAACAGAGAGUGGGGGUUGCUGCUCAUGGACGAGGUGCAUGUGGUUCCGGCCCAUAUGUUUAGGAAAGUUAUCAGUAUCACAAAAUCUCACUGCAAGCUAGGACUGACAGCCACCCUUGUGAGAGAAGACGAAAGGAUUACAGAUUUGAACUUCCUCAUUGGCCCGAAACUAUAUGAAGCCAAUUGGCUAGAUUUAGUUAAAGGAGGCUUUAUUGCAAAUGUUCAAUGUGCUGAAGUAUGGUGUCCUAUGACCAAAGAGUUUUUCGCAGAAUAUCUAAAGAAAGAGAACUCCAAGAAAAAACAGGCACUUUAUGUCAUGAACCCUAACAAGUUCAGAGCCUCCAUAUCGAACGAACAAAAAAUUCUCGAGGCGUUUAAAACCAGUAAAGACGUGAACACUGUCUUCCUGUCAAAGGUUGGUGAUAACUCUAUAGAUAUCCCUGAAGCUAAUGUGAUUAUCCAGAUUUCGUCACAUGCUGGUUCUAGACGUCAAGAGGCUCAGCGUUUGGGUCGUAUUCUUAGGGCUAAGGGUAAACUUGAAGAUAGAAUGGCCGGUGGGAAAGAAGAGUACAAUGCAUUCUUCUACUCACUUGUUUCUACCGAUACACAGGAAAUGUAUUAUUCGACGAAAAGACAACAGUUCCUGAUCGACCAAGGUUACAGCUUUAAGGUAAUAACAAGUCUCCCACCUCCGGACGCGGGUUCAAGCUUGAGCUACCACAGUCAAGAAGAACAGUUGUCUCUUCUCGGAAAGGUGUUGAAUGCUGGAGACGAUUUGGUUGGUUUAGAGCAACUCGAAGAAGACACAGACGGAAUGGCUUUACAAAAGGCGAGACGAAGCAUGGGAUCGAUGAGCUUAAUGUCCGGUGCAAAAGGAAUGGUCUACAUGGAAUACAACUCAGGCCGUCACAAAUCCGGUCAACAAUUCAAGAAACCGAAAGACCCAACCAAACGACACAAUCUCUUCAAAAAACGUUACGUGUGAGACGAGAGAAGCUUUCAAGAGUUUAUUUCACUCAUUACGGCUAUUUGCUUGGUGUUGUAACUUCAAAUUUGUUUGAAAAGUAAGACUUCAUAAAAUAUCAACAUUUUC